AUGGAUAGAGAAUGGGGUUCGAAGCCUGGCAGUGGAGGCGCCGCCUCCGGCCAAAACGAGGCCAUCGAUCGCCGUGAGCGUCUCCGUCGACUUGCUCUUGAAACCAUUGAUCUCGCGAAAGAUCCUUAUUUCAUGCGAAAUCACCUUGGAAGCUAUGAGUGUAAACUAUGUCUAACGCUGCAUAACAACGAAGGAAACUACUUAGCGCAUACUCAAGGUAAGAGGCAUCAGACUAACUUGGCAAAGAGAGCUGCUCGUGAGGCGAAAGAUGCUCCGACUAAGCCGCAGCCACACAAGCGAACAGUCUCAGUUCGCAGAACAGUUAAGAUUGGUAGACCUGGGUACCGGGUUACAAAGCAGUUCGAUCCCGAGUUGAUGCAGAGAUCUCUCCUGUUCCAGAUCGAGUAUCCCGAGAUAGAGGACAACAUAAAACCAAAGCAUCGUGUGAUGUCAUCUUUUGAGCAGAAAGUUCAACCUUAUGACAAGAGAUAUCAGUACCUUCUAUUUGCUGCUGAGCCAUAUGAAAUCAUAGCCUUCAAGGUUCCUAGCACGGAGAUAGAUAAAUCAACCCCAAAGUUUUUCUCUCACUGGGAUCCAGACUCAAAGAUGUUCACUGCCCAUGCCACCACCUCCACCACCAGCUGCUUUCGGACAACCUAA